UUCUGACAUUUGCUGAUUAUGUCGUUGACUGAUCCUCUGCUUGAGGAUGCCUCAGGCAGCUUCCCAGAUCAGUCCUGGUCGGAAAUCAAGCAUGAAAACCGAGAAGUCUCGGUCAGUAGCAGUGCCUCUACAGCUGAGCCCUCUCCGCAGGACACUGCUCAAUUUGACCCAGAAGACAGAGGUUUGGAGCCGAAGCUGGCAAAUGCUGAUGCUUUGCUGAUUCACAGCAUCGAUGACAAGGAAGUGCAGGCUGGGAAUGCGCCGAUGCCGCGAGCUUUGCUUUCACCGCUGGGUAGCCCACAGACGACACCAGGGCCAUGGAUGGAAGACGGAAACCUCAUGACAGGGGCAGAGGCCACGUUCACGGUGGUCAAUUUUACCAUGAAUGUUGGACUCUUGACUUUGCCUUGUCUCUUCGCACAGCAUGGUUGGUCAACAGGCGUCGUCAUGGCGUUUGCAGGAGUGGCAUGUGCUUGCACUGCUUUGUUCAUGCAGGAAAGCUUGGUUGCGCUGAUCAGGAGAGGCAUUCCACUCCCAGACUAUCCAGAUCUCGCACGUGAAGCUGUCGGUUCUCGAUUUGCAGUGUUGGCCCAUGUGGUAGCCCUGGUUGAGAUAUUUGGCUACGUUUCUGCUAACCUGAUUGCUCUGGCAAAUGGUCUGGUUGCCACAGUUCCGGCACUGAGCGAGCCUCAAGCUAUGCUUGUUUCCACCUCCAUUUGUGUUGGAUUUGCAGCAAUUUCAGACAAACAGUUUGCUUACUGUGCCCUGAUAUCUUCCAGUGCGAUGGCAGCAAUAUUUGCAACAGUCCUGCUGUGGGGCACGGAGCUUGAUACAUGGGCUGAACCCACCACUUUCCUCAAAGACAGCAGCUAUGUGCCGGCAUCAUUUGCAGUUGUGAUUUUCACUGCAGGGGCGCAUCCGUUGCUACCCUGUGUAAUGCACAGUACGCGCUCGCGCGCGGAGUUCAGGUCUGCCAUUCGUCUCUCGUGGACAUUUUUUUCGUUGUUUGCAAUCCUUAGCGGAGGUCUUGCAUUUUACAUGUAUGGCCAUUCUCUCCAGCCGCUCAUCACAGACAAUCUUGGACGAAACUUGGAGCUCAUGAAGAUGCCAGGAGGUGGAGCCAUGCGAAAGACGGGUGGAUUGUGGGUGCUUGUGAAACUCUUCGGAAGCACUGUCCCAAGCACCAGACCACCAGUAGUUGCCCUUGGAAAGCAGAUUGGCAUACGAUUGCCAGCCGGAAAUGGGGGUUUCUCUUCCGUUUUGCUGACUGCUCCGUUGCUCUAUGCCACAGCAGUGCUGUCACAGAUCAUCUCUCCGUACAUCGCAACUUUCGAGAGUGUCAUCGGAUGUGUCAUCACCAGCUUCAAUGCCUUGCUCUUCCCAAGCCUAACUUAUCUAGUCAUUUGUCAGCCAAAAGAUAUAGAGCAUCGGAUUUGUGCCCGAUUUUUUCUACUUCUAGGCGCUUUAUUGCCAUUUGCGACUAUGCUUCCUCGAUUGCUUGAGUGCUUCUGAAACAUCAUGCUCCUGAGUCUGAAACCUCACUCUGAUACAACUCUGAUCCGCUUCUUUACAGUUUUGAUUCGUUCAGUGGAUCAGUCCCUGGCGAUGUGUGACACCGGGAACAUUGGUGCUCGCUGCAAGAUGCUUCACCACGGGCAUUUUGCUGCCUUUGGAGCACAGGGUCAUAGCAUCGAAUUCCCGGACUAUUCCGAAUAGUGCCAAACUGGUUUCCACCAAAGUGGUUCCGUGGGAUUAAUUCGGUAUGCAAUGCGCUGAAGCUUUUAGCACUUUUCAAAUUCUUCAAUCUUUCAGAGAUUGGUGAAGCAAAUCCACCGUGAGCGGCGCAGAAAUCGAGCGCUCGCGGAAUCUUUGGAGAAGAGCAUGAAUAGCUUUCAGUUGCUGUACGUGUUCC